AUGACUAUAACCAUAAAGCCCAUAAAAAUAGAUAACAGUACUAUUCAAAUAGGUUUAAAUGAAUUACCUGAUGAUUUUAUUCCACCAAUGUCAGAUUCAACUAUAAUGAAAGAUGAGCCACUACUUGACCAAAAUCAACAACAAAAACAAAAUAUCCUAGACACAUUACAAGAAUGGAUAAGUAAUAUAGACGAAACAAGUUUGACCAAUGGUAUUGAUGGUGACACUACAAGCCUGGGAUUUAGAACUAGUUUUAUUGACUGGUUCAAUCAAGAAUAUAAAUUAAAUACAAUACCACAAGGAUACUUUGACUCUUCCUUACUGCCAAAAGUUAAAAACAAAAAAAAGUGA